AUGGAUCGAAACCUCACGGACGAGGGCACCAGCCCCAGCAAGAGGGUGGAGCCCAGCAACCGCCUCAAGAAGCCACCAGGGUCCGAUGAGGAGAUCUCCAGCAGCGGAAUCUUUUACAAGAUGAUGGGCGAGGGUGCCUUGACUUCUCUUGGCUACUCCCGAUCUUCGCCUGGGCGCGAGGGACGAGGACCCGCCAUGUUUCCGCCUCAUGACGGCGAGGACUCGCAACCGUCAUCAGCUUCGGCAUCGCCGCAGCCCAAGAAGAAGAGAAGUUGGAUCGACAGGUUCAUGCAAAAGGACGGCCGCCACGAGAUCAAGAAGGAGAUCGCGGAGACGGAAGCGCUGCGCAAGAGCAGGGAGCGCCAACAGCACCAACAGCAGCAGCAGUAUCAGCAGGCGCCAUCGUCAUCACCGCCGCAGCAGCAGAGUCGGUGGCCGCCCAAGGAGGAGCGGCCCGAGUCGAGCUUUUGCGUGAACUGGCGCGCACGCGAGGAGCUCUACCGCAAGAAGAUCGAGGAGCUGACCGAGGCCGAGAUCAGGGCCAACAUUCAGUUCUACGAGACGUCCGACCUGCUGGUGCUGGUCAAGAGCGUACGCGGCCGCAACGACCACGCCGCCUUCCGCAUCCUCCAGCGGCACCUCGAGGAGCUGUAUCUCCUCAAGCACAUCCUCUACGAGCGCGGCUUUUACCUCAACUCCACCGACCCGCCGCUGGCCACCGGGAGUCCCGAUGCGGGCUACCACAGCCAGAUGAAGGAUCGCAAGAGCCACAACCUCCACAUUCGAUGCGAAGCCAAGACUACCAAGAACCUCGCUGAAACCGAAUCGCAGACGUGGUUCUCCAGAUCGGCACGCAAAAUCUAUGCGGAGGUGAACUACCACAACGACGUGCUGGAACUCUACCAGCGAUGUAUAGACGUGCUGGAGUUUGCCGACAUCGAGUCCAGGCUCGACUCUUCGCAUUCGCACCAGUAUGACGCUGUUCCAUCACCCUCCACCGUUUCGUCGACCUCCACCGUGGGCCUCAGGGAUCAGCUGCUGAGCAAGCUCUUUCUCGAUUUUGGCGAGUAUUUCCUGUGGUGCGGCGACUACGUGGAGUCGGCGCAGGCUCUCGUGAGAGCCUUGGUCGAGACGGCUGGCGUGUUGGCCAAGCUGCCACCUAAUAUCCCUCCCGACGGGGACAAGGACAUCAUCUCACUCUUCAACCACGUUCUGAACGACCACUCCGGACCCUACUCCCUGCACAUACGAUUCCGAGUCUUGGCCUGGGUGAUCGCUCGACUUCGUUACUAUAAGGAGAACAAGGUGAACAUCGAGGGAGUAUACGGCUUGCUGCGCAUUCUGGUGCGGCUGUUCAACGAUGACAACAAGCACGUCAGGCAGCUGGCCAAGGGCGCCGUGUCCGACUUUGGCGAUCGCGUGCUCCGCAUCGUGGACAACGCCACCAAGGACCUCUUCAAGGAGUACCACGUCUUUUCCGCUGUACUCAAAGAGAGGUCCGAGUUUUUCCAGCGCAUGCUCGAGUCGGAGAUGAUGGAGGGCCAGCCCGAAGAGCCGAUCACCAUUCAGGUGGACAACCCGCGGGUCUUCCACGCCGCGAUCGAGUACCUCUACACGCAGCAGAUCAUCCUCAACGAGGAGAACGCCGUGGACGUGCUGAUGUGCGCCAACCAGUACAGCUUCACCGACCUCCUCCACCUGGUCGAAGAUUUCCUCUGCGUCCACCUCCAGUCCUCGUCCCUCGAAGAGACCGAACACUUGUACCAUGUGACGGAGGGCAUGGUGUGCCCGCGAUUGCAGGGCAUACUGCGGCAGCGGCUGCGCUACCUCUUCGAGAAGACGAUCGUGAACUCGGACCACGAGAAGUUCGUCAGCAUGGCCCACGACUACCCCAUCCUCAAGCGGCAGCUCUUCUUCACCGACCACUACCUGUGCCUCAGCCUCUACACCGGCAACAAGAACAUCGCGAUGUCGAUGCUGAGCUGGGGCGUGGGCAUCGAGCACAAGGAGAAGGAGAAGAAGGAGAAGAAGAAGGGGAGCAGCAAGUCCUCCAAGGGGUCCUCCAAGAGCAAGCCCAAGUCGCGCGUGCGCACCAAGGGCAAGGACAAGCAGAAGACAGCAAGGACAAGGAGAGGGAGCGAGAGCGAGAGCAGCCCACAUCGGAGGAGGACGAGGAGCGGGACCAACGGGGCAGCUACUCGUCAUCGUCGUCGGCCUCUUCCUCCCGCUGGUGCCGCCUUGAGCGAGUUCGGCUCGCCCUCGCCGCCCUCGUCGCCCCGACUGCACGGCUCGCAGCUGGGCGUGCCCCCGAGCCCGAUCGCCCUGUCGGGCUCGCCCCACUUGCUCUCGCCGCUGGCGAGCGCGGGGCCGGCACGCUCGCCGCCGGUGACGCGUCGCGACAUGCGCGACUCGAAGGACAAGGAGGCCCAGCAGCAGCGCGACCCCAUGCUCGGCUGCGUGACAAUCCACGAGCUCAAGAAGAAGGAGAAGAAGAUGUGGAAGGGCUGGGAGGCGCCGCUGCUGAUCGCCAUCCGAAGGGGCUAUCCCGAUAUCGUGAAGAUCCUCCUCGACGGCGACGCCGACACCAACGUGUUCACUCACUCGGGCAAGACGCCACUCGAACUGGCCGUGAAGCGCGGUAAGAGCGGACCGGGCAGCGACAUUGUGGGCAUGCUCGUGGAAGCCGGCAGCGAUGUGAAUCGGCGCAGGACCAAGAAGGCGCAGGAGCAGCCCGUGUUCAACGAGGACAUGUACGUGGUCCACUUCGAGCGCGAAAAGUACAACGCCAUCUUCGACAUCAAGAACACCCUCCGGAAGGACACCACCCCGUUGAUGGUGGCCGCCCAAUACGGCCACAUGCAGGUAAAGCCCAUCAGUGCCCGGUGUUAA